AUGACCACCAGGUUCAAGAAAAGCCGCAAGAUGCACGCCCACCGCAAGAGGGGUCACGGACGUAUCGGCAAGCACCGAAAGCAUCCCGGUGGCUGCGGAAAUUCUGGUGGCCAGCACCACCAUCGCAUCAACUUCGACAAGUACCACCCAGGUUACUUCGGAAAGGUGGGGAUGCGUAACUUUCACCUCAUCAAGCACGGCAAGGUCAUCCCAACCAUCAACGUGGAGCGCCUGUGGUCCUUGGUUUCUGAGCAGACGCGACUGUUCUACAAGGACAAGACGGACAAAGCUCCCGUUAUCGACGUCAUGAAGGCAGGGUACAUGAAGGUGCUGGGAAAGGGCCAGCUGCCCGAGCAGCCCAUGAUCGUGAAGGCACGCUACUUCACCAAGGAGGCAGAGGAGAAGAUCAAAGCUGCAGGUGGUGUCUGUGUGCUGUGCGCCUGA